UAGAGACCGCAGCCGCACUCCUUACCGGACGCCUGUCCACCACACUCGUUAACAGCCAGCGACAGCCAGCACCAAACCCUUCGAUCCCAGUUAUAAUCCCAUUAAUACGUCUUAAUCAAUAGCCUCUCGACGGGCGAGAGAUGCGCCUUGCCGCUGCCCUCCUCGCGGCCGUCGCCGUAGAGGCGCUGGGCGACCUCCCUGCCGCCCACCGGCCGCAGCACUACUUCCCGCGCCUCGUCAGGCGAGACCUCGACCGCACCUCAUGGGGCUCCUCCAGGAAGAUGGUCAAGGCCGCUGAGCCCAUGGACAGGCGCGAGGUCGUCGUCGUGCCCGUCACCGUGCAAAAGGGCGCCGACGGCAGCCUGCACACCCUGCACGGCGAGCCCAGCGAGAUGCCGCACUACUUCAACGCCAUCGUCAUGCCCACCGCUGCCUCGACCGAUUCCACGACGACGAGCGUCACCACCGCCGACUCUACGGGGGGUUCUAGCUCGAGCGGAAGUGCGAGCUCGAGUGCGGGUGAAAGCCCGAGUCCAAGUCCAACUCCAACUCCAACUCCAACGCCAGGUGAGCCGGCAACGACGACUCCUCCAACGGUCCAUCCAACGCCUCCAACGGUGCCAACGGUGCCAACGGUGCCAACGGUGCCAACGGUGCCAACGGUGCCAACGGUCCCUUCAAUGCCGUCUGAACCCUCUGAGCCCGCCGAACCAAGUGAGCCAGGUGAGCCUACGCCUUCGAUACCAACGGUCCCUUCAAGCAAGCCCACCGUACCAGAGGAGCCCGUUUCCUCGACUCUGCUGCCUCCUAUCCUGCCUAGUCCACCGGCUACCUCUCCCAGCAGCCCUGAGACGUCUUCUCCGGCUCCCACUUUGCUGCCGACUUUGCUCCCUACUUCGCUCCCUACUUUGCUCCCUACUUUGCUCCCUACUUUGCUCCCUACUUUGCUCCCUACUUUGCUUCCCCCUCAGGAGUCGUCUUCUUCUCAGCCUCCCCAGGCCCCGAGCUCCUCCUACACUCCUCCGCAGGUUCCACCGUCAUCAGAGGCUCCAAUUAGUCCCCCAACUGAGUCCACCACUCCCCCCGGUGCUCCCCAGCCUACUGUGCCAACAACCGUAGUGCCCUCCAUGCCUUCCAUGCCCUCAAUGCCUCCCAUGAGUCCCUCGCAGGGAGUCAGUCUCCCCGGCGUGCCUACUGGAGACAGCACUCUCAUCCCGCUGCCCACUCUCUUCCCCUCGGCCUCUGCUCCGUCCUCCCCCCCUACCCAGCCCGGUCAAUCUUCUCAACCUUCUCAGCCCGGCCAGUCUUCUCAGCCAAUGCAGCCUACCCCGCCAGAAACACCUACUAUCCCUACUACUUCUGCCACGGGCGGCAUGACUUACCCGGGUGGGGGCACGGGAACUGCUUCUGGCCCGACCUCGACUGAGGGAACAGGCAUUCUGCCCACUCUCCUCCCAAUUCCCUCGGACACUACUGGUAGUGAUACUGGUACUUCCACUGGAACUGCUACUGGAACCAACACUGCAACGGGAACUGCUACUGGGACUGGCACUGCAACGGGAACUGCUACUGGGACUGGAACUGCUACGGGAACCCCUAGUGGAACUCCCACCAGCUCCCCAUCCUCUCCCAUUUCCAUCUCUAUCCCAAUCUCUCUUCCAACCGACCUCACCAGUGUCACCAAUUUCCCUACCUACUCUCCCACCGGUGACCCAGCUACCGUGACCGGCCCUGGCAGCGGAACAGCCACUACUCCUACCGUUCUUCCGACGGGAACUGGAACUUCUACCGGAACUACAGGCACAGCAACUUCUACUGGAACUUCUACUGGAACCUCAACUGGAACCUCUGCUACAACUGGCACCGGGACAGAGACGCCUACUUCAGUCACCUUCCCAUCGCUCUCAGUUCCUACUGGCACCGCCUCGACUUCCACCGGCACCAUUGGAACUGGCAUCACCACCACUCCCACCGGCACCGGAACCAUGGGCAGCAGCACUUACUCCUCCCAUUCUACUGCCUCGGAGACCUCCACCUCUGGCUCGGAUACCUCUACCGUCCGUCCCUCGACGAUGACGACCGUCACCACCACCCGUCCUCCCCACACGUCAACCCCAACUUCCACUACGCCCUCCUCCACGGUUCCCAUCUCUACCAACACCGAGACCACUCUGUCCGUGCCAACCUCCAUCAUCAUCCAGACCUCCACUACCACCACCACUUCGGCCACUGCAACCCACUCCCCCAAGCCGUUGCCAUACAUGAUUUCCCCUCCCAACGCUAAGCCGCCACCACAAGACUCAGUCCUCAUCCAACUAGGAUUCAAUGGCUCUCUACCCUACGAGUUUAUCGCCUUGAACACUGAUGUGGUCGCCCAAAUCUUUACGUUCAUGCCCAGUGGAGUAUCUUAUGCUGUCGAAACCGAUAAGGACGAGACCCCCAUCUCAGGUAUAGGUCAAUACGACAGGGGUACCAAGAAGGGCUACACCACCGCCCUCGCCUUCUUCUACAUCCCAAGGGAUCUUUACAAAGUUCUCGCAACCAGUCUCACCACGCCCCAGUCCAGGCUCUACACUAAUCCGGACCAAUCAACCUUCACACUCAUGUCCAUGAUCGACCCAAGUAUCCCCUUACUUGCCGGUGGUCAACCAAUGCCCGGAGGAGGCAGUGCUCCAUAUCCAGGUGGUCUUCCCGGUUCAGGCAACAAUGGCGGCAACGGUGACGGUCCCGACGGUAACGAAAACAAAGGAAAAGGCCCCGGAGGCUCGGCUGGCGCAACUGGCAUCAAACCAGGUGCAGUCGGCAUCGGUCUAGGCGUCGUCGGUGGAGCUGCCCUGUACGGAGCAGCCAUGUUCUUCGUUGCUCGCCGCUACAGAAAGAAACGCAAUCUCCAUCGUCGAUCGGACUCUCUGACCAGUGGUAUGGGCUCCCCAACGCCUUACCACGAUGAGCAGCGUGCCGGCAGCUCGUUCGCAGGCACAACGAUGAACGAUCGGUACUCGGGUGCUGGCAGUGGUCGGACGGCGCAGAUCAGUGCGCCUGUCAUGGCUGAGAACUCCCUUGGCUGGAAUUAG